AUGCAUGACGAGGAGAAAAUCCACAGGAACAAGCUUCCUGGCAAGACCUAUAUCAGCUCUCGUGUCGACUUGGGCGAAGGAGAAAACCUGCGCAUCGCGUCGAAGGUCAUCGAUUCAGAGGGCUUGCACUAUGCGACGGUGAAGAAAGAGGUAGUCCUUCGGCGAACAGAAAAGGGACGAACCGAGAUCAUUGCAAAGUUCCUUGAAUCCACGAGGGGCCUGAGCGUAGUCACUCUUCAGGCGUUCAACGGCGAAAAGGGGACUCCGCAGAAGACACACUUCUCGUUCAUCGGCGAGGAGAUUCCGAUGCUGCUCGCUUUCUUCCAGAACAUUGCUUCGGUGGAGUUCUCGGAUGGCAAGCGGAUGAACAUCACGGACACUGAACUCCGAAAACUCAUCCUGUCGAAGGAGCAGGCAACCAGCCUCGUUCAGGAAAACCAGGAAGUCUUCUCUGAAGUGGUUCGGCAGGAGAUCACCAAGGAGGAUGUUGUCGCUCUCGGCUAUCGUAAGCGGCAGCUCGCAGCAUUUUCCAAGCUACUGAACGAGCCUGAGUACUUCGAGCAAGCGAAGGCGGCCAAAAAGAUCAAGGGCGAUGAGGCGCUCUGGCAAGCCUUCUUCGAGCGCAAUCAGUGGAUUUUCGGUUACGGCCUCAGCUACUUCUUCGUGACUGGCUUCGACAAUCGGAGGCUUGAGCAGGUCGUUGCAGGUCACGACAUGGUCCACCAUGGCAAGCGGGUCGAUAGCCUUAUGAAGACGAGAGGCAUCAUCAGCUCUCUUUGCUUUGUGGAGAUCAAGACCCAUCAAACAAAACUCCUUGAGUCCUCGGCCUACCGAGCCGGCUGCUGGGCACCAUCGAAGGAGUUGUGUGGCGCCGUUGCGCAGGUA